AUGACGGGCUCGCAGCAGGACGACGACCUGAGGGACGCCCCGAACCCGGAUAUUCCUGUGGCAACAACCAGCUUCAGGCGCCUCUUACCGGCCGGCACUGGCCCUCGCGUUGUCUCGACGGAACGCCUCUUUCGACGGCAGAGACAGACUGUUCCGGCGGCUUGCUUGGAGUGCCGCAGGCGAAAAGUUAAGUGUUCCGCAACUCGACCGAUCUGCUCGCGUUGUUCGAUUCAAAAUGUUGAAUGCGAGUGGGACACGGAGCCCGAGACGACUCGCCGGCGAGCCAUUGUCAACCGGCUCGAAGAACUCGAAAAAGAAAACAACGAUCUCCACGAAUUGAUCAGGGACCUUUCUUCACGGCCUGAAGCAGAGGCAAACGAAAUAUUCAAUCGACUACGAGCGACGGGCGACGCGUUUCACGUUUUGGACCUCGUCCGGGUGGGGGACCUCCUCCUCGGGAGACAACCAAACGAGGCUGAAAGUUCCAGUGAGAGGAGGACAAAAUCGAGUCCGGUAUCUUCCAAGUCGAAUUCUGUUAAAGAAACCGCCGACAUGAACGCGCUACAUCGAGAAGAUUGA